UUCCAGAACCCUUCAGAAUCUUGCCACAAAAACAUAAUUGAAAAUUUCCUUAGUACAUGUACAGUAUUUGUCACUGAGCAUCUGCACAAUUUUUUUCAAUACAGUACAUCACUGAUCUUAAAAUAAAUACAUGAUGCCUGCACCUGUUGAAAAUUGGCAAAAUUGUUUGGAACAGAAUUAGAAAUACUUCUGAGCUAGAUUAAGGGCUACCCGCUGACCAGUAAUGGGCAAUGGUCCUCCACCUUAGCAGCUUUAAGACAUGGACUGGCCAAGGAAUUCUGGGAGAAGUCCACAUAUCUUAGUUGCUUAGACAGAAACAUUGUUCUAGCAUCACCAGGUAGCGUGUUGAAAACAAGCAGCUCCUGAUCCUUGGAAGCCUUUGACACAGGGGAAGGGAUUUCUCCAAGUGUUUAGCCACAUGUGUGGAAGGUUUUCUUCCCUAUCUCACGUGACUCAAGGCAGACACUCAAACACAUUACACAAUAAUCAAAAUAUGCCUCUGGCAAAGCUGAGCCAAAAAAACAAGCUGCUAGAAGAAACUGCGUUGCAAAUGCAAGGCAGCCACUUCAACAAACUUUAUUUGAGAAGGCAAACUUUCCAGAUGCUUCAUUUAAAGGAAGUGCUUUGUGGCAGUAACUUCCAACAAAACUGGAUAAGGUCCUGCUGAAGGACAUCUGUUUAAGAUUCAGCAGAUUUCAACUGGAUGUCAGGCACUGCUUGAAGAAAGUGGUGCUGGUAUCACCAUGAUCUUCCUUUUUCUGGUUGCCUGGAUUACUCCCUGUAUAGCUAAUCAAUUUCUCAGUAGCUUUGCAAGAGCAGAAAUUCAGAAAAAUCCCAGGCAAGUAAUCUGCAGCGUGCUAGGACCACAAGGCCCUCCAGGUGCUCCCGGAGCUCCGGGUGCUCCUGGGAAUAUAGGAAGGAUGGGUUUUCCAGGAAAAGAUGGACGAGAUGGAGAAGAUGGACAGAAAGGACAGCCAGGGGAGGAAGGUACCCAAGGCAGGAUGGGAAAUCCAGGCCAGCCAGGAUCAAAAGGAAAACCAGGAGCCAUUGGCAAAGCUGGUCUCCGUGGUCUAAAAGGCCCCAAGGGCCCCCCUGGAAAAAGCGGGGGGUCUGGAAAGAAAGGGCCCCGAGGAGCUCAGGGAGACAUUGGGAUGUCUGGCCCUUGCAAAUGCAAGGCCAAGAAAGCCAGAUCAGCUUUUUCUGUUGCUGUGACUAAAAGUUACCCAAAGGAGAGACUGCCCAUCAAAUUUGACAGGGUCCUCAUGAAUGAAGGUGGAAAUUACAACACUUCCAGUGGGAAAUUUAUAUGCAACAUCCCCGGCGUCUAUUAUUUCACUUACGAUAUCACACUGGCCAAUAAACACUUGGCUAUUGGGCUGGUGUACAAUGGUCAGUACAGGAUAAAGACAUUUGAUGCCAACACCGGGAACCAUGACAUUGCUUCUGGAUCGACAAUCCUUUCCCUAAAGCAGAAGGAUGAAGUGUGGCUGCAGAUAUAUUAUUCAGAACAGAACGGGCUGUUCUAUGAUCCUUACUGGACAGAUAGCGUUUUUACUGGCUUUCUGAUAUAUGCUGAUCAGGAUUACCUCAAUGAAAUGUAAAGGGGACUACCAACCUCAACAAACCUAAUGGAAGACAAUAAGCAUGGAAAAUUAUGUACAUUUAUCUUUGAAGAAGUCCUUCAGCCACAAAACCAGGCCUAAGAGGACAAUGGCCUACAGCGCCUCCAAUAUUUAUAUAAUUAAUCUAAAUCUUGGGGUUUCUUUGUCUCAGAUGGUGCAGACCCUUAAAGAUUUAUUCUUUUCCAUAGAUAUGCAUUCACAAAUGGUUUCCAAAUGAGAAGGAAGGGGAGAAAAAAAGAUAACUUUUUAUUGAUGUAUAUGACUCCAUCAUCUGGAUGAGAAGUCUUCUGCUUAUUAUCAAUGUCCUUUCCUGCAAAACACAAAAGAAAUCAUUUUUAUCCUAUACCAACCAAUACCGAUGCUCCUUCUCUAAAGCAGAAAGAGAUACUUAUCCUGUGCUGCAAAUGAUGGUCAGGUAGUACUUAAACUAGAAUUGAAUUUAUCUGCCUAGUUUCUGAAUGCCUGCAUAGAGGGACAAUGCCUUUGAGAGUUUCAGGAAUGUGCUUUUCAAAAAUGCUAUCUUUAAUCAGGAAACUCAUAGAUGCAUCUGGUGAUCUGCUGUAAAGCAUGUAUGUGUUCCAAUGCUAGAAGUGUAUGGUCCUUCCCCUAAAUUCAGGCUAGCACUACAGCAAGUCUGUCUUUAUCACCCUACAUGUUUUUAAUAACACCAAAAGGAUUUGAUAUGCUAAAAAAAAUAGUGCUACUAUUAAACAGUUACAAAUAUUCACAAGUAUUCCAUUUUCCCUGAAAAUCUCCUUUAUUCUAUGAGCAAAUAUAAAUGGUAUCUGGUUCUCAAACCAAAUAUAUAAGCAAG